ACUCAUGAAUGAAAGGUGACGAUGAUGAAGUUGCAGAGGUCAAGACAUGGAGCCAAAAUGUUUGGUUCUUUUAGUGAUUCACUGAGCAACGUUAACGUUAAUCCUUCAUUGUGUUCCAACACACCACACUAUCAAUUCACAGUUACAGAUCCCACUGUACUCCACCAAGUUCUCGAACGCUGUAGAGUUUCAAUGGAUUUCAAAACUGCCACUAAAACCCAUGCAAGGGUCGUUGUACUUGGCUAUGCCACUUACCCUUCUCUUGUGGCUUCUCUGAUAUUAACCUAUGUUCACUUUCACCAACACCACAUUGCCCAUCAUGUUUUCUCUAACGUUUUGGAUCUGUUUUACAUGAAUCUGGUGAUCGAAAGCUUAAUGAAAGGUGGGCAUUGUGAUGUUGCCAAGAGGGUGUUUGGCAAAAUGCCUGUUAGAGAUGUGGUCACUUGGAACUCCAUGAUUGGAGGGUAUGUUAAAAACAUGCGCUUUUCUGAUGCUUUGAGUUUUUUCCGGAGGAUGCUGAAGAGUGUCAAGGUUGAACCUGAUGGGUUCACCUUUGCUUCUGUGGUUGCUGCGUGUUCUCGCCUUGGGGCUCUUUGCUAUGCCAAGUGGGUGCAUGGUUUGAUGAAUGAGAAAAGGGUUGAGCUGAAUUAUAUAUUGAGUGCUGCAUUGAUUGACAUGUAUGCUAAGUGUGGUAGAAUUGAUGUUUCAAAAAGGGUUUUUGAGGAUGUUACGCGUGAUCAUGUGUCUGUUUGGAAUGCUAUGAUUAAUGGGUUGGCAAUUCAUGGGCUUGCUUUGGAUGCGAUGGCAGUGUUUUCGAGGAUGGAGAUGGAAUGUAUUUUGCCAGAUUCUGUUACUUUUAUUGGGAUUCUGACUGCUUGUAGCCACUGUGGAUUGGUUGAAGAAGGUCGCUCAUAUUUUGAUAUGAUGCAGAAUUGUUUCUUGAUUCGGCCACAUCUUGAGCAUUAUGGAAGCAUGGUUGAUCUCUUGGGACGAGCAGGGCUCUUAGAAGAGGCCUAUGCUAUGAUUAAGGUGAUGCCAAUGGAGCCUGAUGUUGUUAUUUGGAGAGCAGUUUUGAGUGCUUGUAGAAUCCAUAGAAAGAAAGAACUUGGUGAAGUUGCCAUUGCAAACAUUUCCCACCUAGAGAGUGGGGAUUUUGUGUUGCUGUCAAAUAUGUAUUGUUCUUUAAAUAACUGGGAUACUGCUGAGCGAGUGAGACGGAUGAUGAAAAUGGGAGGGGUUCGUAAAAGGCGUGGUAAGAGUUGGAUUGAAUUAGGGGACAGUAUUCACCAGUUCAAUGCAGCUGAUCAGUCACAUGCUGAAAUGAAAGCAAUUUACAGAGUGCUGGAAGGUUUGAUCCAAAGAGCUAAGUUGGAGGGAUUCAUACCCUUGACAGAUUUGGUUCUGAUGGAUGUUUCUGAAGAGGAAAAGGAGGAAAAUUUGAUGUUUCAUAGUGAAAAGUUGGCCUUGGCCUAUGGGGUCCUGAAAAGUAGCCCAGGAACAAAAAUCAGGAUUUCCAAAAACCUGCGUAUCUGUCAAGAUUGUCAUGAUUGGAUUAAAAUUGUGUCAAGAAUAUUAAACAGGGAAAUAAUUGUGAGGGAUCGCAUCCGUUUUCACCAAUUUGAAGGUGGUUUUUGCUCUUGCAGAGACUACUGGUAGCUGAGAGUUAAAUCUUGGUUGCAUUUUUUAGUGGCCCUUAACAAAUACAAAUGCUGAUUGAGAAGAAACUAUCUCAGAAGUGUAUGAGGGGAUGGACAUUGGACACCCAAUCCUUAAGCAUCAAAGUAUGAACAGCUCUCUCCACACCACUAAUUACAAAGACCAAAAUCCUAUCCGAUUAGGUCCUUUGCAUCCAUGUUAGCUUUGAACAAGGUAAAAUGAAAACCAAUUUUGGGUAAUUUUUGAGUAAAAUGAUUUUAAGUUGCUAUUAUGUAAAUAUGAUGGGUAAAGUAAAAAUUAUUGUAUACAAUUUGGCAGUUAUAUAUGUUGAUCCCUUUUUGAUAAUUGACAAUGUCCCUCCUGAUGAUCAGCAAGAAGUAAACUAGCAGGAGUGCAGGACAUCAAAUGGAAACUAUUGUAGUGAAUGUAGCAAGAUACUAAGUGGCUGCACCUGGACCUAAAAGGAGAAGGGAACUUCCACCAUUUUUUAUUCUUCCUGAUGGACUAGCAAUCUGUUUGAAGCUAGGAGAUUAGUUAGGACAGAUAUUUUAGUUUGUUAGCAGAAGGGGUUAGUGAGGUAUAUAAAUAAGAGGGGAUGUAAAGGAAGGGGCAUGCAAAUUGUUUCACUCAUAAACUGAGCUUGUGCUCUUUGUAAC